AUGCGGCAGGACCAAUGCCAGCAGGCGCAGAGUAAUGGCAGAUAGCGUCAGUGCAAAACUGCGGAUCAUCCAGGCUUGAUGCGCCCUGAAAUCUUUUUUGAUGGCUUUGACCAGGGCCAGCGCCGUAAAACCGAUCCAUAGCAAAGAUAAUAAGACAAAGCUGGUUUUGGAAACGACGGUCCCAUUGGCAUAAAAGGCCAUGAUGAGCCCGGAAGGCCCUGCGAGGCAGAUUACAUCAAGCACAUAUACAUAGCCCAUCGCCCGGUGUACACCUUUGUGUUUAUGCAACAGGUAACCGGAGAAUUGCGUCAGUCCUGCGAUCAGUGA